UCAAGCAAUAAGAAAACCAGAUGGAACUAUGGUGACCUGCGGAGAAUACCUCCAAAAUAUCAAAAUCUUCAUAUUAUUCUUUUCUGCGUCUUGGGUACCGAAUACAACAAAUUUGAUAGUCAAGUUAAAAGAAUUAUAUGUUGAAAGUCUUAAGAGAAAAGCGAAUAUGGAAAUUAUAUACGUAUCUGCUGAUACAACAGAAGAAGAAUACGAGGCCGAUUUAAUGGCUCAAGGGCCUUGGAGUGCGAUACCAUUCAAGAGCCCUAUUUGUGAUACACUCAGGUUUAGUUAUGAUGUAUCUGCCAUGCCGAUGAUUGUGGUGAUAAAACGUGACGGUACCGUAAUAAGUAGAAAAGGUAGGAAAGAGUUAGAGAAUAUUGGACUCAAUGUUUUAGUCACCUGGACAGAGUUCAGACGAAAGUAAUGUAAAUAUAAUAUUCACAGUUAAUUCUUGACAUCUAAAAUUUUUUUCAUAUAUAAUUUAUAGUAGAAAAUCUCAAGUAGAAAUGUUUCGAAUGUGACUUGAAGAUUUUAUAUUCCAACGGAUCGUAAUAAAAUUCUGAUGUGCUCCUUUUUGAAUAUCAACGUACUUUGAUAAACUGAUAA